AUGGUACAGCCAGUAUCCUCUCGGACGUCAUCGGUCUCGUCCUUCAGAACCAAUUACAGCGUGUCGACUGCCCCUACCGCCUACUCUCCUACCUCUCCGAAUUCGUCAUAUCACCUCUGCGACUCAGCGGCUUCUUUAGACAAGAUCCUGGAGUCCGUCUUCAAACGACUCCCCUACGAGGUCUACGAGACAAUCCUAGAUCAGCUGCAAUAUCUGCAUACAGGCCCAAACCAGUCUGGUUGCCUAACAUGCUAUCAACGCGAUUUGCAUGCCCUCUCUCUAACCUGCCGGCCCUGGGAACGGGCUGUCAGAGCACGACUGGAGAGGAAAUUGCUGGCCAAUCUUGUCCUCGAGCUUCGCGUUCCGCAAAUAGAUUUGUUCUUCACAAGCGGCAAACACGGUUCUCCGUGGCAGGAAUACCGAGACCUGGUCGCAUCGGUUGUCAUGGUCUGCCCCAACCUGGAACGGUUGCUGGGCUUGACAAUCCCAUACAACCACGAGUAUGACCGGUUGACCCAUGCAUUGUCGACCCGGCGAAAGUUGAAGGAACACACAUGGAUCCUGGGCGAGGCUCCUGAAGGUUUAGAAGCCUCACCUCGUAGCACGUCGUGUCCCGGAAGCUUAGGGCCCUUGCAGAUGUUCGAGUUUCUCGACUACCACGUUUCGUGGACGAGCCUCAAAACUCUGAUGCUUUACGGACUGACUGAGAGCAGUGCGCUCGAGCCGAGCAUCUUCCUUCGCAUGUUCAACCUGUUGCCCUCACUGGAAAACCUCUGCAUCGCAAAUUUCAAUACAGAUGCCUUUGCAGAUAGUGCUUUGCUCUGCUUGCCCCCCUUAAAAUCACUUCGACUGGAGAACCUCCCCGGUAUUUCAGAUGCAGGUCUAUCACAAUAUACUUCACGUCCUGAGUCAGAGUCUCUGCAGGCGCUGGCUCUGAUCGAACAAAACAUCGAAUCAAUGCUUGUGAUCUCGAAGAUUUUGGCGUCCUUACCCCGACUGGAGCAGUUCAAGAUUGUCCAGGGUAAUAAGUCUCCGAUUCUAGAUACAGACAGCAUGAUUUUGCAGCCAUUAUUGGCUUCGUCAAGCCUCAGAUAUCUGCAUUGGGAUGUCGCAUGUCCAGACCCAAACACCGCGCUUACGAGACUCGAUUUUGCCCCCUUUAUGAAACCACCGAAACACAUCGACACACCUAAUUCAUAUCUUGCGCAGAGUAUCCUCUCUGGGGGAUUCCCUCGUUUGGAUGCUCUCCGUGCUCCUUCUGACAUCGAGCCUCCGGGUGUUCUCCAGGGGGUAUGCCAACCUAUGCCCAAUGGCCGGGCCUUGCUGCAGCCGGAUCGAUACAGUCUCCCUCGCAGCUCCCACGGCUCUGUUAGAACCCGCCCGCUGGCCCUGCCAGCUGGUAAUAAUCUAACCUCCGCGCGAAUUCGCGCCCAGACGUUUAUCGACAUGGCAGCGAAGGAUACAGAAACCGGAAUGAGAGUGCUCAUCACCGAUCACUCUGACUCUUACGUACCUGACAAUGCCCUGGAAGAUGUCCUAUCAGACGAUGUAUCAGAUAUGGAAAUGAAUGAUUAUGGGUUCUUUGGAUCACGGGAGCAACUGAAGGAGGAUGAAAACUCCUCCCCUAAGGACCGUGAAGGGCCGGUCACUGUGUUUGACUUCCGAAUGCCAGCUUACAUGGGUAGAGUCGGCGCCAGGACCAGCGAGAAGGAUGUGUCAAUCCCCCGGUUUAUUCUCCGUCCCGAUAUCCAAGGGCAAGAGGCCGAUGGGGGUCUUGUUGGUUGGAAACACAUCCUGGCCUCCAAUCAAUCAUUAACAUAUGCGGCUGGGGUUGGGGUUAAUUGCUUUGGAAACAAAGGAAACAGUAGCCCUCUCCCUGAAGAACCCCCUUCUCCUGUGUCCACUGCAGGUACGCGCUUUGGUUGGGGUAGCAUUGGCAGUCGAUCGGCACUUGGGACAAGCCCCAAUACACCCACCACGCCAUGCACUCCGAUGAGCGUUGGGUCCACAACCGCACUUCCCUGGGAGAAGGACACAUGUACGGGCUCAUGGAACUAUAGCCAUAAAAACGGUCGUGAAUGGUGGUUCCACACUGAACGAGAACGUCCAAAGAGUGUCGAACUUGUUGAUAUCACACGGCUCCUUUAA